UAAUCGAGGACCUCGUCUUAUGUCGAGGGGAAUGAUGCGCCGGCUGGUGGUGCCUCUUCGUCCAACAUGACGUCACGACUUACCUGCCGGUGCGGUUGGAGCGGCGCCUGGAGGCCGACGCUCCUGCUGCUCCUGCUGGUCGUCGGCGCACCGAGAUGCGAAGGAAGGAACAGUCCGCCGCGUUUCCUCACGGAACGCGGACAAUCCGAGAUUGUACUGCGGCUGAAGGAAGGCCCGGAAACGCCGGUCGGUAGCCUGAUCUAUCGAUUACGAGGUGUCGAUCUGGAUGGAGAUGACCUGACAUUUGGUAUUCGAGAUCAACCCGGCAGUGAUAUGAUAAGCGUUGAGAAAUUCAAUGCUAACGAAGCCAAUAUUUACCUCAAAAAGCUGCUGGAUAGAGAGACGAAAGAUGAAUACGAAAUAAUACUAACAUUGACGGACGGAAAGCUUGGCGAAGGCAACUUUAUAACGCAAAGUCUGCUAUUACUCGUCGAGGACAUAAACGAUAAUAUUCCUGUGUUCCGACCUCAUCCGACAAGCCUGACUGUGCGCGAGGAUGCAAGUCCUGGCAUUUUACUGACGGUCGAGGCUACAGAUCUGGAUGAGGGUGCCCAUGGCCAGGUCGUGUAUUAUCUCCAAGAGCUGGACGGUGACAAUGGAGUCUUCGCCAUUUCGACGGUCAACGGCAAGGGGAUUGUGCGACUCGUCGGGCGACUUGAUUAUGAAAAGAAAUAUCUAUAUCAAUUACGAAUCUUAGCUGUCGACCGAGCUAUUAAUGAAAAGGUUAAUACUGGAUCAACAGCCAUUCUUAUUAAAGUGCAAGAUGUCGAAGACCAACCACCGGAAUUCAUAUCGAUGACGCCGGUUUCUAGAAUCAGUGAGAAUGCUAGAAUUGGCACUUCAGUUUUACAAGUUCGAGCGAUCGACGGAGACAAAGGUAUCAACAAUCGCGUGAAUUACAGCAUAACUCGCGGGCCGCAUUAUCUCUUUGACAUAGAUGCGACAUCCGGCACAGUCUUCACCACAGCUCAACUCGAUCGCGAAGCACCCGAUAAUAGUGACGGAUCCUUUAUCCUCGAGAUAACAGUCAAGGAGAUCUCGAAUAUCUUUCCGGCACCAUCUGUUUCAACGGAGGUCACUAUCAUCCUGGUGGACGUGAAUGACGAGAUACCGACCUUCCGGAGUGCCAAAUAUACCGCGGAGAUCAACGAAAAUGCCCCGCAAAAUACCCCUGUCACUUUUAUCGGCGAUGUGAUACCCGAAGUCUUCGAUCACGAUGUGGGUUCAAACGGCACGUUUAAUUUAAUGAUCGAAGGCGAUCAAGGAAUUUUCGAAGUUAAUCCAACACGCGGUAUCAACGAGGCUCCAUUUUUAAUUAGGGUUAAGGAUCCUUCAAAACUAGACUUCGAACAAAUAUCAAUGCUGAACUUUACAAUCACGGCAAAAGAAAUUGUACCACAUAACCCAAUGCAAAGCACCGUACCAAUAACAGUCUAUAUAAAGGAUCAAAAUGACAAUUAUCCAGAAUUCACGGAAAGCACUUACAAGGUUUCCGUACUCGAGAAUUGCGAGGUCGGCACGACGAUUGCUUGGGUCCAAGCUUCUGACCAGGAUAGCAGUUAUUUCGGCACAAAUGGGAUUAGAUACACAAAUCUUGGUGGAAGUCUCGCUCAUGCUUUGACCUUGAAUUAUAAUACGGGCGUGAUAACCGUGAGAGAGCCGGGCACAUCCUUCGACCGCGAGCUCGUCUCGCGCCACUUCCUCACGGUUGAGGCCCGCGACGACCUUGGUAAGGGUAACCGCAACACCGCCCAGCUGCUGGUAAAUAUCGAGGACGUGAACGACAACCCGCCGGCCUUUCUUCAAAAUAAAUACGAAGCGGUGCUGCUGGAGAACGUGGAGUUCUUCGACACGCCGGUCGUUCUCGAGGCCUUUGACAUCGACCUCAACGGCACGCGCAACAGCGAGAUCGUCUACACGAUCCUGCCUGGCGAGUUUUCGGCUAACUUCACGAUCGACCGAAGAAGCGGCAUCGUCACGCCCCUGGCACCGAUGGACUUUGAAGCACUAGGUCGCGCCGACGCGUUUGUCCGGUCACUGAGGUUGACCGUUAGGGCGACGGACCUCGGACUGCCGAGUCUUAACUCCGAUGUGCCACUGAUAGUUUAUUUCAAGGACGUCAACGAUAACGCACCGGAAUUCGAGAGAUCGCUAUAUCGCAAGAACGUACCCGAGGAUUUGCCCGGCGGUACUAGUGUCCUGCAGGUUCAGGCUUGGGACAAGGAUCUUUCUUCGCCUAACAACAAAAUCGUUUAUAGAAUUCAAAGUGGUGCUGACGAUAAAUUUGUAAUUGAGCCGGAAACUGGAACAAUCAGAGUGGCACGAGGAUCUAAUUUAGAUCCGGAUUUGACGUCCCCGAAAACCACAAGAUAUAGCUUAAACGUCCUUGCAAUAGACAGUGGCACUGAAUUACAAAGAUCUGCCCAAGUUCUCGUCAACAUCACCAUUAUCGAUGUAAAUAAUAAACAGCCUAUUUUUGUUGAUCCUGGUACAGUUACUAUUCGAGAAAAUACUCAGGCUGGAGCUUACGUGCAUCGUAUUGUUGCAAAUGAUCCUGAUAUCGCGCCGAUUCUCCGCUACAGGAUCGAUCCAAAUUCAUCAGAAGCAAGAAACGAGGAAGGCACGCUAAUCCGCAUUCAAGAAUACGAUUAUCUCGCUGCUUUAGAGUUAAAUGCUGUGGACGGACUUCUAAGGGUUGUAAAGUUACUGGACAGAGAAAUAGUUGAGACAAUACGGCUGGGCUUGGUAGUGGAAGAUUUAGCAGCCGUUAAAGGCAUUCAAACAGCAUCUGCUAUUCUUAAUGUAGUCAUCGAAGAUGAAAAUGAUAAUAAUCCUAAAUUUCGACGAUCUUUUUAUCGGCGAUACGUUACGGAAAAUAGUAAAAAUGGUGUACAUAUUGCUAGUAUCGUUGCCGAUGAUGCGGACAAAAAUCGCACCAUUACAUAUACUUUGGAAAAUCCACGUAAGCUUACCCAAAUGAUCAAUUUAGAUCCGGAAACCGGAGAAAUGACGGUGGCCAAUAAAAUUGAUAGAGAGCUUAAUUCUUGGCUAAACCUUACAGUUCGCGCUACCGAUUCUGGAAUCCCUCCAAGGUCCACUCUAGCAGAUGUGUUCGUUCAAGUAAUCGAUGAAAAUGAUAACAAUCCGUAUUUUAUAACGGAUGUUACAAAUGUCACUGUGAUGGAAAAUGCAAAAAUAGGCACCGAAGUCGCCUUAAUUAUAGCGAGAGAUCCGGAUAAUGGCGAAUAUGGGAAAAUCACUUACCUCCUCGAUAGAAUAUCUUCUCAGGGAAAGUUUGCAAUUCAUCCUGAAACCGGUUCAUUAACUGUCGCUGAUACACUCGACUGGGAAACAAAGAGCUCCUACGUACUUGUCAUCGAGGCCUGGGACAAUUAUCAGUUCGGUUAUACCACUGGCGAAUCUCGAAACGCAUUCAAGCAAAUCGAAAUAAUGGUGAGUGACGUUAAUGAUAAUGUGCCGAAAGUGGCGAUACCCGAAGGUUGUGCGACGGUUUCCGAAUUUCAUGACAUUAGAGAUGGUAUUGUUCUUAUAAAAACUGAAGAUGAAGAUAAUCCACAGUCACCCAAUGGGCGGACAACUAUUCGGCUGAUCGAUGGAAAUGAAUUAGGUUUCUUUCAUACUUUACCUCACCUCUUGAACUUGUUUUCUAAAGGUUACUUCACAUUGGAACAAACCGAUUAUUGGACAGCUCGUUUGAAAGCGAGCGACUCCCUUCGCGGUAGAUUUGGCAAUUUCUCAUUGAAGCUCGAAGUAAAAGAUCUCGGCGAACCUUCGAACAAAGUGCACGUUAACUUGGACGUAUGUGUUACUGAUUACAACGAUAACCCGCCGAUUUUUACAAAUCCAAUGCAUAAUGUCACCAUCAGAGUAUUAGAGAAUAUUACUAUUGGAACUGAAAUUGUUCAAGUCCAAGCAAAAGAUGCGGACAUUGGUCCAAAUGGUGAUGUUCAUUUUCGAUUGAAGCAAGACAUUGCUGGCCACCAUAAGACAUUCAGGAUAGAUGAUAAAACAGGCAUAAUUUACUUAAAGUUACCAUUGGAUAGAGAGAUGCAAAAACUAUACGAGAUACGAGUGGAGGCCUAUGAUUUGGGUACACCGACGCCAUUAAGUUCCGAUCUGGACCUUAUCAUUUACGUGAAGAACAUCAAUGAUUACGAGCCGCAAUUUUUAAUCGAUAUCUAUAAAGCGAAUUUCACAGAAGAGCAAUCACCGCAAUAUGAAAAAGUUAUACUUCCGGAAACCAUUGACAGGGACGAGGUCGGCGACCUCGACGAUCCGCCUACCAAAGUUUGUUACUUCAUUGUUGGAGGAAAUGAAGAGAAAUUGUUUGAUCUUGAUAUUUCUACUCACGAGCUUACCACUACUGACUCAUUGGAUCGAGAAGUUCAAGAAGUAUACGAGUUAAUUAUUAAAGCCACAGAGGAUUGUAAUACGAUUCCAAUGAAUCAAACAAUUUUCAAUGAAUUUGAUGAUACUCUACUAAAAGUUAUUAUUAUUGUUAAUGAUAUUAAUGAUAAUGCACCGAAAUUUAUCAAUAGAAUUUUUACUGGUGGUGUGACUACGGAUGCUGAUUUUGGAACUGAAUUUAUGCAAGUGAAGGCUUUCGACUUUGAUAUUGGACAAAAUUCAAUAAUUAAAUAUUACUUAAUUGGAAAAAUACAAAUGACUUUAACGGAGGGUUUCGAAAAUAUUCAGUUACAACCCUUCUUAGUUGAUGAAAAGACUGGUGCGGUAACAUUAAAUUUUGAUCCCCAGCCUAGAAUGAAGGGAUACUUUGAUUUUAUGGUUUCAGCUAAUGAUAUCGAUGGACUUAACGAUACAGCAAGGGUUUUUAUUUAUUUGCUUAGAGAGGAUCAACGAGUAAGAUUUGUUCUAAGGCAACAUCCACCAGAAAUUCGUAGUAGAAUCGAAUAUUUUCGAGAAUCGCUGGGCAAUGUAACGGGCGCCAUCGUAAACGUAGACGAAUACAAAAUCCACAAGAACCAGGAUGGUUCGGUGGACCGAACACGUACGGAUCUGUACCUCCAUCUCGUGAAUCGCAAGGAUAAUUCGAUCCUCGAGGUCUCGCAAGUGCUCGAGCUCGUCGAUCGUAACAUCGAGAAGCUCGAUGCCCUUUUCAAAGACUUUAAUGUUCUGGACACCCAACCCGCCCAGCCCCAAUCCCUGGCCCAGCUCGAGCAAGCUGGCACGACCCUCUGGCUCGCCACCCUCACUCUCUUCCUUACUGGGCUCCUCGUAAUCUGCGUGGGAUUGUGUCUGUCGCAGAGAGCCUCGUAUCAAAGACAAUUGAAAGCUGCUAAUGCAACGCCAUUCGGCAUAUCAGACUCUGAAUUCUUAAGAGGACCUGGACGAGUUCCAAAUACAAACAAGCAUAGUGUAGAAGGUUCAAAUCCAAUAUGGAUGCACGCUUAUGAAAACGAGUGGUUCAAAAGCGACGAAUCGAUUAGCCAUAAUUCCGAGAGGGAUUCACUUGAUGAAAAUGCAGUAAAUAAUGAGGGAACUAUAAGUGAAGUUAAUACGAACGAUAUAACAACGGAAGACAAGCCGUUUUAUAAUCAACAACGAGUUAAUUCCAUUUUCAGCGUGGAGGCUUCAACGGCAGACACAACGACCGACGAUGGAAACGAAAGAAGCAAUGGAAUUCAUAAGUCAUCUGUUAAUCGCGGCCAUAAUCAUAUGCUAAAUAAUCCACUUGGUCAGAACGUUGAGACAACGGAGCUCUGACAAUAUCGGAUAAGGAGGGGAAAACCGAGGGAGCGAAGAAAUAAACUACGAAGGAUACGAAUGAAUUUUUGUACAUACUUUUAGU